GAAAUAAUGAAGGAGUAAGACGGGUAAAAGACGCAUGAUUUUGAUGAACCGUUUUUGUGUAACCGAUGGCUGUGUGCGAAGACAUGAAGGUUUGGGGGGUGGUCUUUAGAUGCAGCAUGGAAGAUGGACAUUUUGAGAAUCAUGGAGGCAUGCUAACUCGUGUGGACAUCCAUGUACUUAUGUGAACACAGCAACAUCACUUGGCAAAAAUGGAGCACUUCAUCAUAUGUGUGACAGAUUUUCAGUCAGGAUGUCUUAAGAAGUUCCUGGAACUGGGAAAAGGACAGCCAGUCGCUGAUACCCGGUUCUCAGCAUUCCAACCUGUUACAUACAUUACAGCUUGGACCAUUGAUGGGCAAAGCUGUGUCAAGCUUGCAGACAACUCUGCAGAAAACCACUACACUGGUACAUCUAACUUGUGGCUCAGGGUAGGUGAGGCUUGCAUGAGAUCUGACAAGAGUGGGGAAUCAAAUGAUCAGACAUCCUCUCCAGAUGACAGUCAAAGUGAGGGCAGAUUUCUGUUGGCAGAGAAGUUACUCGAAGCUGCUGACGGUCUUCUCACUCAUGGCUGCUGUGUUGAAGUGGUCAUCUCUCUGAGUGUCCGUUCUCUACAGGUUAUCCAGGCAGAAUCCCUGGUUAUGCUGUAUGCCAGCUUGAAGCGACUGCGAAUAUGGCACAAUGCGGCUAUUAAGGUGCUGGUCAAUGAAGGGAGCUAUACAGAGAGUAACCCUCUGCUUGGAUGGAUGACUCAUUUGGAGGCAGAGGUGAUUGGGAGAGUUAAGGAGUUGACAGUACCAUCACACCUCACUCUGUGGAGGGGACAGGCUCUGGUGUUGGACUCUAGGAGGAAUGUAUUACUAUGUCUUAGAGACAUGUGCCUGGAGUGGAGUCCAGACUCUGAAGAUGAACCGAUGGAAAGCGGUGACACCGAGGUCAGACUGGGAUCAGGGGUCACACAGAGGCAACAGGCUUACAUUAACAGUAGGAAUUUGGUGAGAUCAUUGUUUGUUAAAACCCAUCUAGGUCUGGACCAUGCAUCUGAUAAACUGCAUGUGCAUUUCAUACUUAACUGAGCAGGAUGUAAACAGUUUUCCUUGCAAUAAACUGCCUUGGAAAGGACACGAGGCA